AUGUUAUCUUGUGUUAUCCCAUUUUUGGAGGUUAUUAGGAUGGCCAUUGCUUCUGUGACCUCCGUAGCCCUCUUAGGCUUUGCCGGUCUAACAUUCGCCGGUUCAGCCGUGGGAGUAGUGGUCUCCACACCAAUUUUCAUCAUAUUCAGUCCAAUUCUCGUACCCGCCACUGUAGCCACUACUCUCCUUGCCACCGGCCUCACUGCCGGUGCCUCCCUCGGAGGGACGGCCUUGGGUCUCAUCAUGUGGCUCAUUAAGCAUAGAAUGGGAGUAAAGCCAAAAAAUAAUCCACCUCCGUCAGGAGCUCCGCCAACUACCGAUGGAGGUCCAUCGGCUCCAUCAGCCAAAACUUUAUUACCAUUUUCUGGAACAUUUGCAGAUAAACCCGCAGAUGGAGCUGCACUCGCGGAUGGUGCAGCUCUACCAACAAGUGCAGCUCAAACAACAAGUGAAGCUCCACCGAAAGGUGGAGUAAAAUGGACUUGGACACGGGAUGGAAAAACGUUUUCUGGAGGAUGGUUUGGAGGUUCACCCGCAGAUGGAGGUGCACCGGCCGGUGGAAGUAAUUCAGGGAUUGUACUACACUGGUCUUGGACGUCUUGGCUUGGAAAAACUUAUAAUGGAAGCGUCCCGUUUGGAGGUACACCCACAAGUGGAGGUACACCGGUGGGUGGUGCACCCGCGGAGUAA